UUCCGGGCUGCUUGGUGUAGCGGUGUAUAGCAAUACCCUGGGACGUUUUGCUGUGAAUUUAGGAGACGUGAUAAGGUUCCUUUUUGUUCGUUGAGAUGGUGAAGUUGUCCGCGGAACUUAUUGAGCAGGCUGCUCAAUAUACAAAUCCCGUGAGAGACAGAGAGUUGGACCUACGAGGUUAUAAAAUCCCAGUGCUUGAAAAUCUCGGAGCUACUCUGGAUCAGUUUGACACUAUAGAUUUCUCUGAUAAUGAAGUCAGAAAAUUGGAUGGCUUCCCUUUGCUCAAAAGACUGAAAACCUUGCUAAUGAACAACAACAGGAUUUGUCGGAUAGGUGAGAACUUGGAGCAAUCUCUGCCCAGUCUCACAGAGCUGAUCCUCACAAGCAACAACAUUCAGGAGCUGGGUGAUCUGGACCCACUGGCCUCAGUGAAGACAUUGACCCUUCUCAGCUUGUUGAGAAAUCCAGUGACAAACAAGAAGCAUUACAGGCUGUAUGUCAUCAACAAAAUCCCACAGAUCAGAGUACUAGACUUUCAGAAGGUAAAGCUCAAGGAACGCCAGGAAGCGGAGAAAAUGUUCAAAGGCAAACUGGGUGCUCAACUUGCAAAGGAUAUUGCCAGGCGAACAAAAACAUUUACUCCUGGAGUGGCAGUACAGCUGGAGAAGAGGAUGGGGCCCUCUCAAGCUGAUGUGGAAGCCAUCAAGAGUGCCAUUGCUAAUGCUUCAUCAUUGGCAGAGGUAGAGAGAUUAAAAGGGAUGCUCCAGGCUGGUCAGAUUCCUGGUCGUGAUCUCAAACAAGGUUCAGUUGUGGUGGAAGAGGAGGAGGAAGAAGAGGAAGAGGUUGGCCCUGCACAAACUGAGGCGCACAUGGGUGGCACUUCUGAAGAGGAAAUCAUGAAGAUGGAUCAAGGAGAGGAUGAUAAAAAUAUGGAGACAGGGUCACAUGUUAAUGGAUCCUAAGUUUGCUGUGUUGGAUAUAUAUUUACCAUGACUGUGUUUUGUUUUGUUUUUUUUUUGUUUUUUUUUGUUUGUUUGUUUUGGUUUGGUUUGGUUUUUUUUAAUUUUAUAAAAUGACUUUCAUUAAAGUGAUUUCUUCUACUGAUUUGAA